CCCGCCCCUUCCCCCUCUGAACCAAUCCGGACGGGCUGGCGAGUGGCAUGGCUGCCCCCAGCUCUCCGGGCUCCGGGUAUACUGGUAAUGCUUCAAAAUAGUUCUGGUCGUCUCCCGGUGUCCGAGCCAGGUUCUUCAGGUCUGCAGUCCUAGUCUAUCGGGCCGCAGAGCCUGGGCUCUGAGGAGAAUGGAUCCUUCUUUGGAUACAUGGGACUUCUCUUCACCUUUAAUAUCAUUAUGGAUAAACAGGCUUUACAUAUAUUUGGGCUUUGCCUUUGGCAUUAGCCUUUGGAUUUGUUUCCAGAUUGUCAUCAGGAAGCAGUUGUUUAUCUUCAAGGGCAAGAACUCAAAGGAUAAAUCUGUUCCAAAAGCAACUCGGGAUUUGAUGACAAAUGGUUAUAUCUCUCUUCAAAAGAAGGACAUCUUAGUGUCUGGAGUGAAGAUUUUCUAUGGUUCCCAGACUGGAACAGCGAAGGGAUUUGCAGCAAGUCUUGCUGAAGCAGUUACCUCCCUAGGUCUGCCUGUGGCAGUUAUUAAUCUCCAAGAAUACGAUCCAGAUGAUCAUCUAGUAGAAGAGGUUACUAGUAAAAACGUUUGUGCCUUCGUGGUUGCUACGUAUACUGAUGGUCUACCCACUGAAAGUGCAGAGUGGUUCUGCAAAUGGUUAGAGGAGGCAUCCAGUGAUUUCCGAUUUGGCAAAACUUACCUGAAGGGUAUGAGAUAUGCUGUAUUUGGCCUGGGAAAUUCUGCCUAUGCGAACCACUUCAACAAGGUUGGCAAGAAUGUCGAUAAGUGGCUCUGGAUGCUUGGUGCUCACCGUGUGGUGGCUAGAGGGGAGGGUGACUGUGACGUGGUUAAAAGCAAACAUGGCAGCAUUGAAGCCGACUUCAGAGUUUGGAAGACCAGGUUCAUCUCCCGGCUACAGGCACUUCGGAAAGGAGAGAGAAAACCCUGUGGCGGCACCUGCAAGAAAGGCCAGUGUGAAUCAUCUGCGGAGGAAGAGCCCUUUGAGAGCACCAGUGAGGAAGAGUCUGGUACUGAGGACCACCAGAAUCUAAAUUCUGUCGUUGAUGUCGAGGACCUUGGCAAAAUUAUGAAUUGUGUGAAGAAAGAAAAGAGAGAGAAGGAGCACCAGGAGGAGAAAAGCACUCUGGUCAGGAACGCCGUGAAGGGUGAAGCCAGUGAAAGAAGGGCUAUGAUAACCCCUGCUCUCCGAGAAGCCCUUACUAAACAAGGUUAUCAGUUGAUUGGGAGCCAUUCUGGGGUGAAGCUUUGCAGAUGGACAAAGUCGAUGCUCCGAGGGAGAGGAGGUUGCUACAAACAUACAUUUUAUGGUAUCGAAAGCCAUCGUUGCAUGGAAACUACCCCAAGCUUGGCAUGUGCAAAUAAAUGUGUCUUCUGUUGGCGGCACCACACCAACCCAGUGGGCACUGAAUGGAGGUGGAAGAUGGACCAGCCUGAAAUGAUCUUAAAGGAAGCCAUUGAAAACCAUCAGAGCAUGAUCAAGCAGUUUAAAGGAGUCCCAGGUGUCAGAGAAGAUCGUUUUGAAGAAGGGAUGAUGGUAAAGCACUGUGCCUUGUCCCUUGUGGGAGAACCCAUCAUGUACCCAGAAAUCAAUAGGUUUUUGAAAUUACUCCAUGAGUGUAAAAUCUCCAGUUUCCUGGUCACAAAUGCACAAUUCCCUGUGGAACUCAGGAACCUCAAACCAGUCACACAGCUGUAUGUCAGUGUGGAUGCUAGCACCAAAGAUAGCCUGAAGAAAAUUGACCGCCCACUCUUCAAGGAUUUCUGGCAGAGAUUCCUCAACAGCUUAAAAGCCUUGGCAGCAAAGGGUGUCACCUACUGUGGAGAGAGUUCAGCAAGCAGUCUCACCAUGGCCAACGUGCCCUGGCACGAGGAGGUGGUACACUUUGUCCACGAGUUGGUGGCUCUCAUCCCCAACUAUGAAAUUGCUUGUGAACAUGAACACUCCAACUGCCUCCUGAUAGCUCACACAAGGUUCAAGAUUGAUGGCGAAUGGUGGACAUGGAUUGAUUAUAACCGGUUCCAGGAGCUCGUGCAGGAAUAUGAAGAUAGCGGUGGAUUAACAAAUUUCAGCGCAAAGGAUUAUGUGGCCAAAACCCCCCUCUGGGCGUUAUUUGGUGCCAGUGAAAGAGGCUUUGAUCCCAAGGACACAAGAUACCAGAGAAAGAACAAAUCCAAGGAUAUUUCCGGGUGUUGAGAUUAUCUGACUAUAGGGUACUGACGGACAAGAACUCCCGGCCCCCAAAGGUUCUCACGCCUCACUGUGGGUUUUCAAAGGACACGUCACGUGACUUGUGUUUCAUGUAGGGAAGAAUGGAAGGCCGCACACGGGGACACAAGUCACCCCCCCGGGUUGGGGAGGUGGCAUCCACACUCUGAGUGCCUGGGACUCAGCCUCACGUGUCUUUUCAGAGCUCAGUCCCUUUCCUGAUUUUACUUUUGAGAGGAACAUCAUUGCGGGGGAAGUACACAGCCAUUAGAAUUUAACUGGUGGUUUUGAAUCAUAACUUGUAAGACUCCCAAGAAUGCUAUUCCUGAGGGUGUUAUAGGGGAUGAAUGUCUGUUCCUCUCCCCUUCGUGGGCUGUUGACCUUUGUGGACUGUGUUACCCCAAGGUAAGUAGAUCUGCCCCCUCCGAGACCUCCAUCCCUUCUUUAGAUUUAAGAUAACACCUCCCAGAAGUCAUUUAAGUUGUCACAAUUCUCAAUUAUUUUUAAAUACUGCACAGAUUAAAGUUUUGCUUAGUACCGACCCUUUAUGAACUUGCAUUGGAUCUGAACGUCCUAGAUCUCACUCCGUUCUCGUACAGAUUGCCAUAGAAGGUAUUAGUGGCUGCACCAGGGUGAAAGGGCUCUUCUGGAAGAAGAAUGGCUCUGUGAUGUCAUCAGUCUCACAGACAAACUCUGAAACUGAGUAUGGUUUGCUUUUUGUUCCAAAAGUCAGUGGUCAAGCCCCUGUCCUUAUACACAGAACAAGUCCCCACCUUCUUUUCCCUCUUGUAGCCCGAGCUACUUUACACAAUCUGUUCUUCAGGUUUCAAGUUUUUUCUACUUGAAAACAUCAUUGAAUACCCAAUAGUUUUUUUAAAAUAUCAUAGUUAUUUUUAAAAAAUUCCUUUAUCCUAAAAU